AUGCAGCACUCGAAAGUGGCCAACAUAAAAUGUUUUCUGCCAUAUUACGAAGACACAUUCAACUUGUUCACAGGACGUUUGAUAAACAGUUCCUGGCCCAGACAGACUCAGUGGGCGCAUGGCUUCCACAGCUCUGCGCUGAGAUUCCAACGUCCAAAAGAAACAGACCCUCCAACCAGGGAGCUGGACCUGCUCCGCUAUGACUUCAAAGACAUCAAGAAGACCCCCAGGCCGGCCCUCAUCCUGGGUCUGUCUGGCCUCAUCCCUUUCGUUUCUGCACCCGUUGUCAUGGUUUUGACAGAGACGUACCUACCAGAGGUGGCUUUUGCCCAGGUAGCAUACGGAGCAUCGAUCCUGUCGUUUUUAGGCGGAGCGCGAUGGGGCUAUGCUCUCCCUGAAAGUAGCCCGGCCAAGCCAGACUGGAUCAACCUCGUCAAUAGUGUGGUGCCGUCCCUUCUAGCCUGGACGGCCAUGUUGCUUAGUGACAGCUUGACUCCAGCAGCCAUCAUGGUCGUCAUGGGCCUAGGAAUCUCCUUGCACUAUGACCUCUCUCUGCUGCCCACCUAUCCCAGCUGGUUCAAAGCCCUUCGGUCAAUACUAACAGUGGUGGCCUUCCUCUCCCUGGUGGUCACACUUGUUCUCCAUGGAAUCUACCCAGAGAAGAUGUUGUUUGCAGAGUAGGAAGUUGAUUAUGUUUGAGGUUUGUGAGGGAGUCAGGUGGCUGAACGGUGAGGGAAUCGCACUUCACCCUACUUGCCUCGGGGGGAUUGUCCCUGUAGUUACUGUAAGUCGCUCUGGAUAAGAGCGUCUGCUAAAUGACUAAAUGUAAUGUAAUGUAAAUGUUUGUAUCAGUCUAUAUAUUAAAGGUUAAAAAAAUAAAUGGUUGAUUAAUAAUGGCUAAAUUGCUGAAUAUUAGCAAUCUAAGCUGCAACUGUGAAUGUAAUGGCAAUACAAAUGUUGUUGGUUUCAUUCAGUUCAUUUACUAUACAGCACAUUAUAACUUAAAUAAAACAUUUAAAAAAAUAAUACUUGCCAUACUUCUUGAUACACUAUUUGUUGACACUGAC